AUGGCACGACAUCAUCAUCAGCAGCAGCAGCAGCGUCAACCACAACCACAAUCUCCACUACAUCCAAGGCUAUCUUCUCAUUUACCUGUGCUAUAUAAUCCACUUUUAAAUUGCAUAUUCAACAACCCCAACCAUUCCAAACAUCCUUUUGCAAGAACAAUUGAUGAGUUGAAGAAUAAACACAACAUUUACACCAUUCUUGUUCCUGCGGCAUAUGUUUUAAAUGAGUUUCAUGAUCCAGUGACCGAUGAUUCGAGUACAAAGGUGCUAUUGAAAGACUUGUGCUACAACAAUGAGGAUUUCAUCAAGUCACACAUUAUCAAAACAGGAGCUCCAGCCUCCUCUACAAUGACUCCAAAUUCAAAAGAACAACUGGUCAUUUACAAUACAAUGAAUGGGAAGCAGGUGCUUAUCAAGAACCAAAUGGUGUACACUGGGAAAGGGUUCAAACGCAGUCUCAAGUUGAAGAUUACUUCGAUUCUGUAUUUCAAAUCAUUUUGCGACUACUUCCCAAAGGGUUCCCAGUUUAUGAUUAUACACCUUGAGAGCUCGCUUAUUGGAGGAUCGCCACCAUUCAAACUUCUACCGUCCACCCCACCAACCACCACUACAUCAACAGAACGAUCAACAGAAGAUGUCGACAAUGUAACUUUUGAAAAGUUGUUGCGUAAUUUCCCGCUUUUAUCAAAAGCAGUGGGCGACAAGUUUUACCGUCUAUUCCAUCACAACAACUUGCAAUUCCACCAGUUGAGAACAAGAACUAGAAAGCAGCUAAGUCAUAUAAGGAGCGAGUUUGCCAAAAUGCAAGAGGAGGCGUACAAAAUUAUUCUGGACAGUGUUCGAGAAGAAAACCCCAAUCGUGAACAGACGUAUAACUUGUUGAACCAUAUCAUCAGUACGUACCCUGAACUUGAUUUGAACAAGCUUGUCCACGAGUAUGUUGAAUUGAAUUUGUAUGAUCUUAUGUGGUCGCAAUUGAUAUAUCAGUUCAAUUGUCCCAAUAAUGAUAAGCUAGAGUAUGAUCCUGAUGCGAUGAAGCAUCUUACUUCGACUGAGUAUGAAAGUCUUUCGUGCUUAUCAUUAAACCAACUAGACCUUCCAGUCAAUAAACCAUGGUUGAUUAACGAGCUACAUCAGCGCGUGUACCUUGCAAUACAAGAGUUUAAGAAAUUGUCCGAUCCAUCAAUUGUGAAUCUGACCAUGAAAACAAACAUCGUUUACAAAACAAUGGAAAUACUCUCACAAAGCAAAGAAGGAAGUGAGUUGGUCAUUGACGCUGAUUCCCUAAUUGGAUUGUUGAUCAUGACAGUGGUCCAUUCCAAGAUUGACAACAUAGAGGCACACAUUUACUACAUCAACAACUUUAACGCAGUAGACCGAAACAAUGAUGGUCAUUUCAGUUACAUGAUGAGUAACUUGGAUGCGGUAAUUUGUCAUUUAUCGGAAAGAGAUACGUCGUUGAAUUCUCUCGCUGCAAGUUCACAAGAGAAUUUUGAUUUGUGGAGUGGCAUAGUAGAUCUGGAUGUUGCAAAAGUUGAGCGGAUUAUUGCAAGGACUGAUCAAGAAUACCGUGAUUUAGAAUUACCGGCCAAACACUGUCUUUUGAGUAAAAACAUCAAUGGGGAAAGCUCAUUGGAUUUUACAAUCAAGGCACGGAAUUUUGAAAUUUACAACAUGAUUCUAAAUACAUCCUUGCUGUGGUUUUCCAUCGACUAUAUCCUAUUCAACAAGAAUGUAAUUACAAACCAAAAUCUUUUGAUGACGGCAUUGAUUGAGGAAACAGAUGAGAGGAUCUUGGAUGAUUUGUUAUCCAUUAUCACUGACAAUGCUACUAUUGAUGAGCAAAUUGCAUAUUUCAAUACUCCCGAUAACACUGGACGUACUGUUGGGCAUUACCUAUUUCACCACCACCACUUCAUUCCCAAAAUUGGUCAUUUAAUUGAUUGGGAGUUGAAGGAUCACAAUUCCCAUACUCCCUUGUUCAGUCUAUGUCGCUGUUAUGAUCAUGUAGACUACUUGACGCUAUUGCAAGAUGCGUUUGAUGUUGUUUACAAGAAAUAUGGCCAAAAGGGUAUUGACUUUGAUAAGCACAUGGAUAAAUCGGGAAAUUCGCUCCUACAUAUUAUUUUGAGAGGAAUACCACAGACCCGGAUCCUAUCAAAAGACGAGAACUUGGUCAACGUCAAUCUACCGAAUUCAAAGAAUCUCACUCCAUUGAUGUUGUAUGUCAAGUAUAGCAGGUUGGACAAUUUACAUGAGAUUUUAAAAGAUGAUCGACUUGAGUUCUUGUUUGAGGAUCCAAGGAGUUUCCACAACGUGUUUGAUUAUUUGAGCUUUGUUGGUGCAAAGUCAUCUUCUUCACAAGAGUUCAAGAAAAUAGAGAGUCUAGUUGUGGAUCAUUAUUUCAACAAGUUUUUUCCCAACAGUGUAGGAAAACUUGCGGCUUUCAAUGGUAGAUUUGAUUCGAACUCGCGGGAAUGGGUCAUUCUCUUGAAAGAUAAAGAUUGCAAGUAUAGGGCUCAGUCAGUGAGGUCGAUAAAACAAGCAUUGUAUGUGGAAAAGUUGCAACGACCAAUGUCCAUAUUUCCUGAUGUUGACAUCAUUUGGCGAAACCACGCAAUGAAUGUUCCUACGAGCUUCAUGUUUCAAAGAUUGAGGGUAAACAGGUUGUUAAGCAAACUCAAUGUUAUUUUGCAAAGCGUGGCAUUUUAUAAUGAUGUUGAUACUGGGCAAUUCUUUAACACACUUCUUGGUGAUAUUACACAAAACUUGUCCGUUUUAGAGCAAAAGCAAGCGAUACUGGCCGUUCAAGAAUCUGAAAAGAGAGCACUCGGCCAAGUCAAGUUGAAAUUUAGUAAUGUCCAAGAAAUGGAAUUCUUUUUGGACUUUUCACUCCAAGACCUUCAGAGAUAUGGCACACUUGUCACCAAACUUUCCAAGUUGGUUUGCGUUGGAGAGCAGAAGCAAAUUGACUUGAGAAAUGUUCAGGAUCUUGCAAUUAGUCGCUUUGAUGGGCAAUCAUUCUUUUCUAAAGGAUUCAGCAUUCCCGAGUAUCAUCAACAGCGCGGGAGCUUGGAUUCUUUGGCUCAGUAUGUUGUGUGGAUGAGUAUGAUUGACGAUGAACUAACUAAACACUUCCACAAAAUCAACCAAGAUGUGAGUGCAUGGAAAAAGUUGUAUCAUGAAAUUUGCAACAUCAACCUGGAAUUGAGAUCGAUGGAACCAAAGUCGCAAUCUAAUGAUUUCAACGGGAGCUUGGCUUCAGAAUCCCAAGAUCAAGAUGAAACAGGAGAAGGACUUCAUCGUACGAGAACAAACUCCUCUCUAUUCUCCACCUCGUCCCAUACUCAUGCUGACUUUGUACCGGAUGAGAGUGAAGGCUUGAAUCUCUUUGGACUUGGAAGUACCAAGCGGAACCGGUAUAAGCGGAUGGUUGUCUCAAAGGCAGAUUUGGUGAAGCAAAUCAUGAAGUUGAAUAUUGAUCUUAAAUGGGAGUAUGAAAUCAUUGCUACGCAAAUUUCCAAUUUCUUAACAUUUAGAUCAAAGUUUCUAAAAUUUGGACUAUCGAUCAAGGAUAUUGCUUUAUCUAUUAUCGGGUUCUUGAAGCAAUCCGUUGCCGACAAGACCAUUGCCGAAGAUUUUGUGGAGUCGAUGGAUGUUGCCAUUGAUUGCAUUGCUGACGCAUUUGAAGUGAACAAGGACGAUGAUAAGUCAGUCAUCGAUUCAAAAUUCCACGGUAAGUCAUUAGCUGAGCUUGUAAAAGCCUCAUCUCAAUCGUCACCUGCUAGCUCCUCCCUGUCAGACACCCAACCCUCAUCUAUUGUUGUUGAUGAUGCUACUAAAGAGAAAGCUGAUCAGUUGAAACUUGAAGGUAACAGAUUGAUGGGAGCUAAAGAUUACGCCGGGGCUAUUGCCAAGUACACCGAAGCGAUUGGCUUGGACCCUACUAAUGUUGUAUACCUUUCCAACAGAGCUGCUGCAUACUCUUCAGCUCAAAAACACGCGCAAGCGGUUGAAGACGCUGAAAAGGCAAUCAAGUUGAAUCCGGAAUUUUCAAGAGCGUAUUCUAGAUUAGGUUUAGCUCAAUAUGCGCUAGGAAAACCGAAGGAGGCGAUGGAGGCUUACAAAAAAGGAUUGGAAGUGGAAGGUGAUAAGCCAUCAGAUGGUAUGAAAAAGGGUUAUGAAACAGCUAAAAAGAGAGUGGAGCAAGAGUUGGAAAAUUCAAUUUCCACAUCUGAUAGAAGUGGGCAUGAGUCAGGAUCUAGAUCGGCACCUGACUCUGGUGCUGGUGCUGGUGCUGGUGCUGGUGGAUUGCCCGAUUUUAGCUCCAUGUUUGGCGGGGCCGGUGGAGCAGAUGGGUUGUUGGGCAAUUUAAUGAACAACCCACAAAUGAUGCAAGCAGCUCAGAGCAUGAUGUCGAAUCCAGGUGCCAUGCAGGAAAUGUUGAACAAUCCAGCGAUCCGUCAAAUGGCCCAAUCUUUGGGAUUAGGUGGACCUGAUGGACCCGACUUGUCGAAUAUCAUGAACAACCCCAUGCUUAAUCAGUUCAUGGGCGGUAGAGGUAACAAUAAUAACAAUGAAGGUGGGCAAGGUGGAGAAAACUAG